CUCUGGGGAGGGAAGAGGACAGCUAACUGGUGGUCAUGAUACAGCCAGUACUUCUACUCCUGCUACUGGCAGCCAUGUCCUCGCCAGUGUUUGGAACUGAGAUAUCAGUACUAGAGGGAACCUCUGUUACCCUUGUCUGCACAUAUCUAGGGGGUAAAAAGCUUGAGACAUGCUGGGGCAGAAGUUGUGGAUUUGUUCAGUGUACUGAUACCAUAAUGGAAGAUAAAUCCAAAUAUAAAAUUAACGCUGAAGUUGGAACAGUGAAUCUCACCAUUUUAAAACUACAGCCGACAGACCGUGGGAGCUACUGCUGCAGAGUCUAUGUCCCUGGAUGGUUCAAUGACCUUAAACAAUUCUACAGCCUGAGGGUAGUCAAAGGUUGUGUGAGGGACCUACUGGACAAAGUCCAUUUUCUGGGGAACAAUAUUGCGAAUCAGCCAUUUACAACCGAAAAUGCAAGUCAGUGCAGGCAGGAAUGCACCAAAAAUGACACAUGCCAGUACUUCACAUUUGUUGAUGAAAACGCAGGAAUAAUAGUCCACAGAAACAAAUGUUUCCUGAAGGCCUCAACUGGUCAUACGCCUGAAAUUACAAUACAGCACCUCCAACAUGCAACCUCAGGCUACUCUCUGAGAAACUGCAGUGGUAAAGUCACCUACUCAGCCAAAAAGUACAGCCUCGUCCCUGAGAAGAAAAACUGGACCGAAGCACAAGAAUACUGCAGACAACACUACACAAAUCUGUCCAUCAUAUGCACAGAAGAGGAUUGGAAGGCAAUUCAAUCCUCUUUGGGUAAUUUCAGUGGUGAUGUGUGGAUUGGGCUCCAUAGGUCUGGUCCAACUGAAAAGUGGAAGUGGUCUGAUGGAGAGGACUUCAUGUUCUUUAACUGGGAAAACAGUUUUGGUCUCAACACUGUGGGUUACGACUGUGUCUUGUCUAUUUCAUCUCAUUGGCAACCAGGGAAUUGUGCAGCCCUAAAUCAGUAUAUGUGUCAACGAGUUCGUCAUGGUAAUGGAACAACAGAGAAGGUGUAUGAGCUGAUGCCUGGGGCAAUGAUGUGGCAGGAUGCUGUGACAGACUGCAGGACAAUAAAAGGCAGAGAACUGGCGAACAUCUGUAACCAGAAAGAACAGGAAGCCUUUGAUGAGGUGACUACAGAGAAAACCUGGAUUGGACUUCAGCAGAAGAACAAACUAUGGAAUUGGUCAAAUGGAGAACCAUUUCAGCAAUGGGAACAUACCAUGGGAGGUGGAAACUGUGUACAGCUGAACUCAGACAGAAAAUGGACACCAAAAGAUUGCUCUAGUCAAAGUAUUUUCCUUUGCUAUGGAGAUGAACACCCACUUAACACCACAGGGGAUUUGACCAUUCCUGUUACCCCUGAAACCACCAGCCCUAUUUCCACCACAACACCUACCACUUUACUACCUACUGCUACUAAUGGACAGUCCACCACCUCACCAGCUACCACUACUAAUGGACAGUCCACCACCUCACCUACUACAACCACUAAUGGACAGUCCACCACCUCACCAACUACAACCACUAAUGGACAACUGGAAUCCUACAUCCUCACCCAGUAG